UUCAGAUUCCGAGGAAGAUAUUUGUCUAGACGUAUACCUUAUCCUUCUAAUGGUAGUUUUAAUCCCUUUGCAAUUUCUAAUAAAAAAGCACACAUAUUAAAUGGAAACAUAAAUAACUUGGAAGCUGCAAAAAUGUGUGAGGAAAACAGCUAUUCAUUUGGUAGAGAUCACUUCAGUAAUUAUUGUUUAAACAAUGCAGGUAAAUUUUCCUGUGCAGUUGAUUGUUUUCUCGAGCUGUGUUAUGGUGUUUUUGUAAUCAUCUUCAUAGCACUACACGAAAUGAGUUUUUGACGUUAUCUAUGAGUCAUGUAAUCAAAGAGAAAACCUUGGGGCUAUUGACAUUGUGCGAGAACCUGUGUGGUUAUGGCUCAGAGAUCAUUGUUCAUCAUUUUCUGCAAUGACUGCCAAUGCUGUUUUUAGUGACAUAUUUACAUUGAAUACUGUCGGAGAGUUAAGUGAGGACCUCAAGUCAUUGUUUGUUGUUCAGCAAUGCAAUCAGUCGUGUUGCGCAUCAUGUGGCAACCAAAUCAUAUAUAAGACAGGUAUAUUUGUUCUUUACAUUACCUGCCCAAAUAUCAUUUCCACGCAAUUUGCAAAU